UGGCCGGUCCCAGCAGCCGCUGAAGGCUCGGCGGCAAGUCCCCGAAGCCAGGGCAGCGCUCCUCCUUCGCGGAGGGCAGUCUCUGUGCCCCGCUGCCGCAUGGCUGAAGGUGCUGACUGUCCGCGUCGCCCCGCCGCGGGCAAGUGCGAGGCGAGCGCUACUGGAGUGGCGAGAGCCCGCUGGCGGCUGCUCGGGCAGGUUCUGAAGAAAAAGCACUUGAAAGACUUGCAUCUUCAACAAGUGUCUGUAAGAAGGUUUGCAUCAUUCAAUCUAUUUUCAGUAGAAGACCAGAAUACAGAAGAGGAAACCGGAACAUGGGUUCAGUAUAGAAGCAUCUUUUAUCCUGAGUAUAGUGUGUCCUUAAGAUUUCACAACAGAGAGUUAAAUGUUAAAGAUGUUCUUACAAGUUUUGACAACACAGGGAAUGUCUGUCUCUGGCCAUCUGAAGAAGUGCUGGCUUACUACUGCCUAAAGCACAGUGAAAUAUUCAGGGACCUUGCUGUGUGUGAGCUAGGGGGUGGCAUGACAUGCUUGGCUGGGCUCAUGGUUGCUAUUUCUGCAGAUGUCAAAGAAGUUCUGUUAACUGAUGGAAAUGAAAAGGCCAUCAAAAAUGUAAGUGAGAUCGUCACAAGAAACCAAAAUGCAGGAGUAUUUAAGGCUCAGAAAGUUUCAAGCUGCAUUUUACGAUGGGAUAAUGAGACAGAUGUCUCUCAACUGGAAGGACAUUUUGACAUUGUUAUGUGUGCUGACUGCCUGUUUCUGGACCGGUACAGAGCUAGCCUUGUUGAUGCAAUAAAGAGAUUACUCCAGCCCAGUGGGAAAGCAAUGGUAUUUGCUCCACUCCGAGGGAAUACUUUAAACCAGUUUUGCAAUCUAGCUGAAAAAGCUGGUUUCUCUAUCCAAAGACAUGAGAAUUAUGAUGAACACAUUUCGAACUUCCACUCCAAGUUGAAAAAUGAAGAAAAAGAUACAUACGAGGAAAACCUCCAUUACCCUUUGCUCCUCGUUCUAACCAAACACAGAUAGAAGAUGACACUUUCAUUUGCUCGUUUUAAGGUGGACCACUGAAAAUUAACACAUGUAUGUGGAUGGCCAGGGAAUAGGCUUUCCCCUCUUUUUCUCCUGAGUCAUCAUUAGAGAAAUACUUCUAAUUAAAAUGCUGAGGAAGGUACCAUGGCUUGUUUCACACUGUGUAAACUUUGGAAUGUAUUUUUUUCAUAUCAUUUUAGAACUUGGUUUUGCAAUGAUUUUCCAGACUAAAACCAGUCAGCCUUCACAUGUGUGCAGUAACAAAGGUGUAAAGCUGGCUUCCUUCUCUUUUGUGAUGUAAACAUGCCUGUACUUUAGUAACCUCUUUAAAUGUUAUUUUUUGGGGUGUAUUCCAAAAUAUGUGAAUAAUAUACUUUGUGUGGUUAUAUGAUUGGUUGUAAAUUAGUAAAUGCGUUCACAUUUAAUUAGUAAGGAACCAGUUGUCUUAAGAGCUUCUGAAAGUGCACCUAUUGAAUGUUUAGAUUUUUCUGCCUGUUUUUUUUUUUUAAUUCUGUUUGUUUUUUCUCUCUGUGAAUGAAAUGUUCUCAUUUCCUUCAAUGUUGAAGCUUUUUUUCCCCAUAUAUGUGUGUAUGUAUGAUUUUUUCCAGCAGGACUUUUCCUCCUGUAGAUGUCUAAGGAAUUAUGCAUCAGACAAAAGCCUCAUAAACUGACCAUUUGUCCUUUGGACACAAUAGCCUGCCCAGCCCCUCUGCUCCUCCUCUCCAAUUAUGUGUGAUUAGUCUCAGUGUGUUGUGUCAAGAAGGGGGAGUGUGCUGAGUGCUUAUUAUCUGUUUAGGUACAAGAAGAGCACAUUUAGAUUCUGACUAUGAAUGGAAAGUGAGCCUUUAUCAGGACUAAAAUCUAAAUGCUACUAUCCUAGAAAUCGGUUUUAAAGAAACACAUCCUUUUCUGGUAAAUUCCAAGAAACACUAUAAAAACUAAAGCAUUUUGUAGUGUAUUCAAACUGUCUGCCUUGAAUUAGUGUAUAUUUUGAUAUUUGUGGCCCAAGUGCUUGAUAAACGUUUAAUAUGACUUUUCUUGUACCGUGAAGGACAAAAAUCCUACAAGGAAAGAGGAGCAAUUUCUUAUUUUCUUAACAGUUUAGUAGACCAUUUUAAUGUCUUCUCAGAAAACCAGGCUGGAUUGUUAAAGAAUCCUGUACAGUCCCUUACACCAUAACACUUUUUAAAUGAUGAGAAAAGAGAGAGAGACUAAGACUGGAAGAGGGAGGUACUAGAUGCAAGGUAGCAUAGAGGAUCAU